UGCAAAUCUAACAAUAAAUCAUGCAAGUCCUUAGCAAGGCUUGAUAAAAUACAAAAGAGAUAUUCAGAGCAAUGACUUUUGCAGAGAAAUUAAUACACUGUAUCAUUAAAACCACCCAGAUUACAUCCAUCAUCUGAACCUAAGCUUAGACAACAGACUUUCAUAAACUGCCACCCAUUUUGGUCUACUCUUGCUGCUGGUCUAUACACUUUUAACUUCAGAGCACACUUCUGCAUUCAGCUGCCACAAAUAUAAAAACCUGCAAGAAAGAAAGUAGUUAGUGAAGCUUAGCAGUACUUAUCUUUUCAUCCACCCCAUUUAAGUCCAGCUGCAGACAUCAGUUCAGUCUUAGCUUCCCCCUCUGUGACUUAAGCAAAUGCAGGAUAAUUUCCAAUUGAAGCAAGCUGAUGGUUCUGUAUAAAUUAACACAUACAGGUGAUAGCAGCUUUAGGUACAGAUCUGAUUACAAUCUAAGCCAAGGAAACCUGAAAGAAGCCAACAGAAGAUCUCUUGCUGGAUGUGGGGAUAGAAGUUGGCCUAAAAGUGGUUUGCUGAAGAACAGCCUGGAUCCUGGACUUCAUAGCUCGCAGAAUAAAGGCGCCUCACGUCCCUCUCGCCUCUGCGGACGGGGCAGCAUGUCCGAAGCGGAGCAGCAGUUGGCGGCCGCCGCCGGCGCCACCCAGAACGGACACGAAGCGGCUGAGAGCUCCGGGGAGCAGCAGCAGGCCGACACCGGCGGGGCCUCGGCGGCUUCGGCGGGCGCGGCGACGGCGGCGGCGGGAACGGCGGGAACAGCGGCGGCGGGAGCCGGUCCUGCGGCGGGGACGGCGGGGGUGGCCGCCAGCCAGAACGGGGCCGAAGGCGACCAGAUCAACGCCAGCAAGAACGAGGAGGACGCGGGGAAAAUGUUUGUUGGUGGCCUCAGUUGGGAUACAAGCAAAAAAGACUUGAAAGACUACUUCACCAAGUUCGGUGAGGUAACUGACUGUACGAUAAAGAUGGACCCCAACACAGGGAGAUCCAGAGGCUUUGGAUUUAUACUCUUCAAAGAACCUGGGAGUGUUGAAAAGGUUCUGGAACAGAAAGAACACAGGCUAGAUGGACGACUAAUUGACCCCAAGAAGGCCAUGGCAAUGAAAAAGGAUCCAGUGAAGAAAAUAUUUGUUGGUGGACUUAACCCCGAAGCUACAGAAGAGAAAAUCAGGGAAUACUUUGGCGAGUUUGGAGAGAUUGAAGCAAUUGAACUUCCAAUGGAUCCAAAGACCAACAAAAGGAGGGGGUUUGUGUUCAUCACUUUCAAGGAAGAAGAUCCAGUGAAGAAAGUUUUGGAGAAGAAAUUCCAUAACGUCAGUGGAAGCAAGUGCGAGAUAAAGGUAGCACAGCCAAAAGAAGUAUACCAGCAGCAACAGUUCAGUAGUGGUGGAGGAAGAGGUAGCUAUGGAGGAAGAGGCAGAGGUGGAAGAGGUGGUGCUCAAAGUCAAAAUUGGAAUCAAGGUUAUGGCAAUUACUGGAACCAGGGUUAUGGGAAUCAAGGAUACGGCUAUCAGCAAGGUUAUGGUGGCUAUGGAGGCUAUGAUUAUUCAGGAUAUGGGUAUUAUGGAUAUGGACCAGGCUAUGAUUACAGUCAAGGCAGUGCAAAUUAUGGGAAGACACCAAGGCGUGGUGGCCAUCAGAAUAACUACAAGCCAUAUUGAUCAAACUUAUUCAGGUGAUGUGGCCUCAGGCAGAAAUGGGUUACUAGCACUUAUAUGAAGAGCUUGCUUUCCCUUUCUUGCAUGAAAGGUGUGUGAUGCAAAGAAAAUCUUACUGUCAGGUGAAAGCAAGGGCUUGUACAGAGUUGUUUCUGAAAUGGCUGUGACAUACUGUUCAUUUACUAACUGUACUCAGAUAUUUUUUGAGGACAGUCUUUCCUAACAACAGCUGUGGGAGCUGUGACUUUGAGCUGUCUGUUCCUCAUGAGAUGAAGCUCUUUACUUCAUCUGCUCAUUGGGAGCUUGUUGAUUAAAGUGCUAACUAGGAACUCGUCAGCUUGAAACUGCUUCCUGAAACUGAUCAGAGGAGCCUGAGAAAAGCAUUUCCAGGAAUGGAGUUACCACUGGUAGCAGCAGAUAACAAAAAAAAAAAAGCCAGUUGGCUCCUCCUAAUUUUUAAACAGGCAUGACCUGAAAGAGCAGGAGUUUGGAAAACAUGGUCUAUAGUAGCUACUAGAAAGAUGUUGCUUUAAAACCAGUUUUAGAUACUCUGUUAAAUAAAAGCCAAUCCCACAUCUGCCACAGUUGAAUAUUUAUUUCUCCUAAAGCUUUCACUUAAUAAUAAGAUAACUGAAAAUAACAAAAUCAAAGGUUAACUUAUCUGGUCUAAGACAUACUAACAUGAGGAUUAAAUGUACAUUAUCACAGUAGAGUAAUUUUUCUUAGUUGGUCUUGAAACAUGUUUGAAACCUAUGGAAAGAAAAUAAUGUUAUGUUUUUCUUACAAAGUAUCAUAAAGCAAAAUCUAAUUCAUUGCCUCGUUUUCACUUACAUGCAAUGUAAGUGUUGUACUGUACUUAGUGAGAGGCUUUUUUGCAUUCUUGCUUUUCUGUAGAGGAGCAUUUUUUUGCUUAUUUUAGAUUUGCAGAUAAGCAUAUUAAGUUAUUAGGUGUCUAAGUUAAACUGAUUCUGUGAGUCAUCCCUCUGUUCUCAAGAAUCCAUAGUACUAACAGUUGUAUGUCUUUUUUAUUAACUUGCUAAAUAAAAUAUUAACACACUUUUCUUGUGCCUGCUAUACUGCUAUUGCUCUGAACCAGAAACUUGCAUUUCCUUAGCUUAGGGCCACAGCACUGUGACUCCAGCAUGGCGCUUGAGGCCAAGUGAUUACAUUCAUAGCCCCGUAUCUAAAACUUUACUGGUACUUGGUUAAAGACACUUUCAGUUGUCUUCUGGUAGGGAGUUGGUUUAAGGAAGUACCAGGUGUCCCACAGUGUUGUUAUCAAGGUGUUAAAGUAGCUUGAUGAUCUGCAAGCUACAGAAGGAGCUCAACAGAUCUUAGAGUUAGGAAGACUUAACAGGUAUUUGUCUUACUGGUGCCCCAAACCUGGUAGGCAGAGGGGUAAGCUGAUGCUUAAUUCAUGAAGCAACAGCCACGAGCUUGAAAUGAUUCUCUGUGAUUCAAAUAAAGCAGGGGCUGCAGUAGUUUUAUGAAGGGCUAUAAACAGUACUAUCCCUACGAGGUUAAAUGGAGGUUCCCAAAUAAUGGCAUGCAAGAUGCACAGUUUUGGAGCACAUGUUCUUAGGGGCAGUUAGAGGAAGACUUACUGAGAGGUCUGAUCCAUCUGACUGUAACCAGGCACUGUAUGAAGCUACAGCUGCUUCUGCCUGGGGCUAAAGACAGUGAGCAGCUGGCACAAGAGCUGUGACAGCAUGAGGCAUUUCUGAGAUAUGUUCGACCUAGCUUGAAAACAAAUGACUUCAUAACAGUGUUACAGUAGAAGUAUCAGACCAAUAGAAGGAAUAGCAGUGAAUUCCAGAUGCAGCCAAGCGUAGUGCGUGCUUCUAGACUGCCAAAGAGCUCUGAACUAAUUUCAAGUAAAAGCAACUGAGAAAACUUAGUCCUGCUCUACUGCCAGGGUCAGUGCCUGUGAAGCAUGUUUAGAAACAUCAACUUCUAAACAGUAAUAUAAAGAGUGAAUAUAGAUAAAUACCUGCUUAGGUUGAGCCAAUGGAUGUUUUCUCCUGGUUCAGAUGUUCUUUUUCCAUAUCUGGAAGGACACCAAGCAACAAUUUCACAAACUUG